AUGGGUCACUCUGUCAAGUCCGACUCGCUGGACCGCUGGGCAGAAGCAUUGCGAAACGUAUUGCCGCGGAGCGACGACGAGGUGAUCGAUUUCCUGGCCGAGGUCAUCGUUGACAGCGGUUUCGCUCCUCGAGUCCUAGAAGAGGAUGCUCGAUCUAAAUCAGACGUUAGUAGGGCUACUACAGGCUACACUUCUACCGAUGAAGCCGAAGACGACACGCUGCAUUCUUUAUUGCAAGAACACCUCGUCCUACUGCUCGGUAAGGACCCCCAGGAAACGACCUUUAUCAGCCGGGACGUUCUCGACGCAUACCACCUCGCCUCCUCUUCCUUCAACACUGACGACGAACAAACACUCCGUGCUCCACCUCGACCUGACGCUUGCGAACUAUGCGACCGUGAAAACCACCUCACGAUCCACCACCUAUUCCCGCGGUCGGAACAUACCUACAUCCUCUCCCAUCCACCCGCCGACGUCGAUAGCAAUAUCACCAAACAGUCCCUCUUAACAACUCAUAUCGCCUAUCUCUGCCGACCAUGCCACUCGGCUGUGCAUCGGAUAGCCGAUAACAGAGAGCUAGCCCAGGAGCUCUUCUCCAUACCUCGGCUGUUGGAGAACCCGGAGGUCGUCAAGUUUGUCGGAUAUCAGGCCAAGCAAAAGACAUCGGGAACCCAGUCUGAGGAGAAGCGGAAAAAUCGAGAGUGGGGAAGGCAUAGACUACAUGUGCCAGCUCAGCGGCCGUUGCUCUGUUUCGUCUACGCCUGCUACCAGUAUUAUGCGUCGGCACCUACUCACUCGUAUCAGAUCGAGGUCGACCUUCAGGUUGAUCCGACGUUAAUUCGGGCUGUCUGGCAAUUCCGAUACAUCCUUCCUCGACACCGCGCUACUGUCUGCCUAUCCCGAUACAUCCGUUCUGUGUUACAGAAUGAGAUCGUGCUGUACAACCGGCCUCGACGUAUCUGCUCUUUCGAGCGGGGUGGUGCUUCUGGUACUUUUUACAGUGCUUUCAUGUCGAUUGAUGAGAGCGGUCCGGAUCCUCGGCAUCCCCUUCCCGCGAGCGGAUGUGACUGUAUGAUCACGCUCAACGAUUCGAGUCCCGACCCGUGA